CAGCUGGCAGUUUUUAAACCCUAAAUGUCCUUAUAUCAGCAGGUCGGGUUCAAAAUUAAGCAGGAACUGAGAACAUUUUUUUUUAAAAACUACAGUUACUCUUCCUUCAAGUAUAAAUUCAAAAAUGACGUAAUUUGCUAACAAAUAAGUAAAAUAAGUAUAUGAUUUUCCUUUCGCGAAAAGCAUACAGCUGGUUUAUGGGAAACCUUGGAAUGCAAGCGAACCAGGUGGUCAUGCUCGAAAUAGCUCGGGAAGAAAGAACGGUUUUAAAACAAAAAGAUACUCCUUGAGUGUAAAAUUUGAAGACAACAUGAUUGACUACCUAAUAAGUAAAAAACGUUUUAUGUAUGUUUUUACAAAAUGUAUUUGAAUUUAUGACGGUAUUGAAAAUUAGCCAGACAAAUUCAGGCUAUUUGAGUAGUUGAUUUUUUCGAAAUAUAGUUGAAGCAAGCGUCCGAUAAAAAGUUCGUCUGAAAGCAGGCAUCUUGGCAUGACUGGAAUAUUUUAGCAUUAUGUAGUAUGGUAACAAAUGUCGUUGUCCUGCUAAAGUAAUAUUUUAGAAUAGGAAACAGAACUCCAGUCAACAGUUCGCGAGACUAUUGACAUUGUUAUUGUUGGAAAAGGUUCUUUGUUUUCAUAUAUUUUGUGUGGAAGGUCUUGAUUUGUAACCUAUUUAUGACAUAUUUCCGAGUAGGCAUUAUGCUUUUGGCUAAAUGUUUUUUUAAAACAGCCUUCCUCACCAACCAAGAAUUAAUGUUGUUCCAUAUAGUAAAUCCUUUAAAAUGAUACCCUAUCAGCUGGAGCCAAGAAAUAGCACGAAUAUUUGAGCUACAAACUAUCAACUUCAAUGUAAUAACGCGUAAUAUUUAUAAACUAGCAACAGGAGUCAGUAUAGUACUCAUGUUGCGUGGUAUUAACUAGAAAAAUGUGUGUUUCGCUGAACAUGACAAAGCUGCAAGAGAUUUGGCUCAGUGGUAUGGCAAAUCAUGCCCCACGAAUAUAGUACUGGCUUUCUAUUGAGAGUUUGUGAAUAUUACACGGUUAUCCCGCUGUAGCCGAUGGAGCUCGUCCCAAAAACCAACGUCAGUCUUCGGACUAACCCUAUAAAACUACAUCCCAAAAAAUUUACUUUAGGAUAACACACUAAUUUCCAACGCUAUUAAAAAGCUGAAGGGUUUAAACUAAAGUACCUAACAGAACAAACACGGAGAACGCUUGCGGAUCUACUGAUGAGCCGAGUUUCUCACAACUGUGCCAUACGAAGGCAGAAUAUCGGCAAAACGCAUGUCUGGGAAUUUAACUAAUAGCAGUGUUGCCAGUAUGAAAAAUCAUACAAAAUCAUAAAGUAGUCUAGAUUUAGAACGGAUACAUUUUACGAUAUGCUUAAUGCGCCUCAGUCAUUUUCCAAAACAGCCACUUUAUCGCGAGUAAACCCUAAUUUUAAAUAUUAUUUUAAGCCACAAAUUUUAGUGAAGGAGUUACAUAAGAAGACAUCUUAACGGUUUUUCUCACAACCGUGACCGAAAAAUAACAAAGAAUGUAAUGGUUUAAAUCCUCUUCAAAGUAUUUCCCAGAAUUGUAUCUCGGGUUGUUUUACUUAAUUAGUCCUGCAACCCUCAAUCUAAGUGAACAAUAAAGCUGAUCUUUUGGGUUGCUCUGUCAAAUAUUUGAUCAUGUGACUUCUUUCUGCCUUCGUUUAUACCUUUUUAACAUUUUGGACAUCCUUCGCCCUCGUAAGGAGGUACACUUCACUCUAAGAAGAGACACUGACACUACCCUCAGUGGGAUAAAAUGGUGUUUCAUCGAGCGUGCGCCAUUGAGAAAUGAGGUUUGCAAAAUUCAAGUUUUUAUUCCCGGUACAAGGUUGCCCUCUGCCGACUCUUUCAUGAUGUCAUUAUCAUGGCCGCAGUCGAGUGUGCUUGGACUUGAGACGACUAUGACACUCUUUUUUUAAAUCUGUUGCGUACACUGUGCUUCGUCGCCAAUUUCUGUUCCAACUUGUCUCGGUAUUUGUUGGAGCAGUCAUCUCCGCUAAGCGGUUCAAUUGUCUGCGGAGAAUCCGCGUCUUAAUUGGAAUCUUCAGUGUGAGCGUUUAACAUAUCGUUCCUUCGAGUAUAAGAUUAGAAGAAAACGUAUUUUUCUACAGAAUGAGCGUAAGAAUGAAUAUUUUUACGCAUGUUUUCUAUAAAAUAUAAUUGGACUUUAAGGGGUAUCGGAAAUCAAGGAGGAGAAUGCGUGCUACAUAAGUAGUCAUUUUUUGCAGAGUAUAGUUUUUGUAUGCAGUCGAAGAAAGUUCAUUCGAAAGUCGGCAUCCUGAGGUAACUGAAUUAUUAUAGAAUUAUACUGCAGACUCAUUAGUUUUACAACCCCACUUAAUAAAUCUCUUCAAAACGAAAAUGCAUUUUGGAAUCUCAGUUCACAUUUCAUGAGUUAGCUCACCUACUGUACUCAACCGUAAACCUGCCACAAACCCUAGCGCUUACUCCAGCCCUGACGCAAAUCCUAACCCCAACCCUAACCGUAACCCAAUCACUAACCCUAACCUUAACCAUAACCCUAACCCCAACUUUAACCGUAAUCCCGCCCUCACCCUGACUCCAAUUUUAACACUAAAGGUAAACUUAAGCCGCAAUCCAAACCCUAAGUCUAACCGGAAACCUUAAACUUAACACACCCAAAUCCUUAGCUCAUUUCUCUCAACCUGACACUAACCCAGACGCUUAAACCAACCCUAACUUUAAACCAAAACAUCAGUGGCGGUUUUCCACUAUCGAUUUUAGCAUCCCGCUUCAGCUACCUUUACUUGCAAUGCCUACACUGCGCUUAUGCCUAAGACCAGGACAGCGAAACCGACCCCUACUCCGUGGUUCAACGUCAACUGGCCAUUAUGGGCGGUGGUAGGUAGAAUUUUGGGUUCAGUUUUGAGGAUUUUUCGCUGGCAGGAAGUGUGAAGUGAAUCGAUUCACACAGGUUGGACUUACCAUAAGCAUAAGCACUGGUGUAUUCGAGACUGAGAGGCGGGCUGCAGUCUGGGAUGUCUUUCUAGGUCUGUGUAGUCACAAUACUUGAUAUCUUCCCAAGACUGUCUUGUUUAGGGCCUGCGUUCUGGACUCAAAAUGUCCGAUUGAUAGCUGCGUACUCAUUCCAUUCAUUGUAUACUCAAUAGAAACUGACCGACCUGAUCUGCUUCCUACUAUGUGCAGUAGAUCGUGGACAAUUUAAGUAGUAUAUGGUGUCCCAAACUGACUUUUUGGUUGUGUAAUGACACCAAAUGAAUAAACCCGGUUUUAAAGCCUUAUAAAAAAACGUUUAUAGAGAGGUUUCACCUCGUGUUGAACAUUUAAAGUUACCUGCUGUCACCUGCUUCGAUUCCAUUUCGGUUAAGUCUUCCUCCUUUUAGUCCACUUCGUUCGUUAAUUUGCUCCUACCUGAUAACUUCAUCCCAGCGAAUGCGCUUAUCUGCUGAUUUGACGGGAUGAAGGACUACGGCAACAUUCCGUGUUCUCCAUUGGCAAGGGGAUGAAAUCGCAAAUCGUUGCGAUCACUUCUUACACUCUGGUCGUGCACAGCAGCAGCAGCAGAGCUCUGCCACAAUGACGUUUUUUCCACUUCAAACGUUUGGUGUGUCAGACGCCACUCUGCUAUAACCACUCCAUGUAACGACAUGCUGUGGGGGGAGGUAGGGGCAACUGCACUCGCAAAUGCUUGCUUUUAAGAGCUUUUUCUGAGGCGUUUCCCCUCUCUCCUCUCCCCCCCCGUCUACCUCUCAUGCUGGAAGAAAAGCCCCCUUCGAGGCUGGAUGCUCCUACGUACAGGCAGAAUGAAGUCGCGAAAUUUUUCAGAAGGAAUGAAACUGUGUGCGGUCGGUCGAACUGUGUGAAAGCGUUGUCUGAAUUUGCGUAGAGCCUUCUCACGCCCGACUGACUCUUUUAUAUGAAUUCGAUCUAUUAAAUGUACCCAACAGUCAACUGAUUCAAACAAAAUUAGGACCUAGUGGGUCAAGAAUCCUCCAAGAAAAAUUGCUGGCUUAAGUAGCCUUAGAGUACUGGGUAGCUGCAAACGCAAGCUUAAAACUAUAAACCCCAAGCCCAUAUACCGAUUAUUACUUUCGAAGUCUCUUAACCAUUUUUGUCACCUUUGUGCAUAAAAUUACCCACUUAGAUCGCAAGUAGGUAAAUACCUUGUUCUUUUCUAUGGCAAACGAAUGGUUUUUCACUCCGUGUGUCCAAAGGAAUACUCUGUGAUUAAAAUCGUUUGAACAAAACUGUGGCCUUUUCUCCCCAAAAUAGGGCCAUCUGCAGACUUGCCUAGUUUAGAAGCCUUUAGGUUUUCUCUUGACGUUGCUCAUAAUUCCAUCCAUGGUUUCAUAACACCGCUGUGGACAGCGCAAAUGAAUUAUUUCACUUUUUGAGUGAAGAUAAUUUGUCAAGGCAAGACAAAGACAUCGAUUAAGUAUCAUCAAAAACGUAUACAUCGAGGCUGCACAUAAAAGACGGGAAGGGGUCAUAGGUUGGCCAAUUUACGAUAAUUUGAAUCCGGCCUUCAGCGCACCGGAAAUUAUGGAACUUAAGAAGACGCACACUUCGGCAGAUUGGCCGCAUAAUACUUACCUCUUUCAUUUUCCUUUAAAGCAGGUUGAAAAUACAUAAGCAGCUCAAUGAGAGUGCAACAAGUCAGAUGCAGACAGGUGUUUUACUGUCGUAACCGAUCUUCAUUGCGUCACAGGUCGUAUGAAGUGAGGUACAUAAACACUUCAGGUAAGCGUGCGACCCUCACUGUUGUGGUUAGAAUCUCACUCGAUUUCUAUAUACCUCAUAUGGGCUAUGACGUACUGGUGAUCAGUACCGACCGUGAAACAGCUGUCUACGUCUGCCCCGCUGCAAUCUUAGUGAGCUGUUUAUGUAGUAUGUGUGGUAUGUGUCCUAGGACACGACGUUCGUUGUCGCCAGUGGCAAGCCGGCGAGCGGACAGAAUGGGAUCGAGUGAGACCUUAACCACAACAGUAAGGGUCACACGUUUACUAUACACGUUAUAAUUGUCGACUAAGUUCCUGGAGCCAAUAUUUUUGUAUGAUGGAUGUCCUUCAUGUCGACGUAAAGUUAUUCAGCUAAAAUCCAGCAUUCCAUGUUGCGUUGGUUGACUUAAGAUUGUUUUUUAAGUUGAUAAAGAUUGUUGUUCAUCCGAAGUGCUAUUUCGCCAAUGGAAGAGAUUAUGCGCAUCCCAGGUUCUUGUUUAAAAGGAGGCGAAGGCAUGAUCACUGGGACAGUAGAUUUAUUGACCUUAGAUUUCGAACUCGAACUGGAGUUCAUCAUCAGAGACUACUAGAGUGCAGCAACGUGUAAACAUUUAUAUCAUUGUUCCGUGCGGAUGGGGGGACUACGCCCGAGACUAGGUCUGCUUUGUGCCGCCUGGUCCACAAUGAUCCCCCGGCGUGGUGAGACCGUUUGUACGCGUGGUGAUGUGAACUGCACCACCUGGUCAGAGUGUGUGAUAACACGCACGCAAAUCAAUGUGUCUAUUGAUAGAGUUGGUGUCCGACACUCAGGCCUCCAACAGUUCUCGCCCCGUCUUUUUGUCGACUCGCGCCAAUAUCCGCGUGUUGGAGAAACCGAACUCAUGGCCUCCCUCCAGAGUGUGAGUGGCGACUUGAGAUGGUGGAUCGCCUUUCCGAACGGCCCGUUCGUGCUCAAGUAUUCCCGAGCUGAGACGUCGUCUUGUUUGGCCUGUAUAGUGGCAAGGACAGUUUUGGCGAGGGAUUUGAUAGACUACGCCCGACUGCUCACCUGCGUCCAGCCGAUCCUUCAUUUUCAUGAUCCUGCUACACGUGGUAGCCGCCGGAUGAUGAGCGAUGCCCACGCUUAACUCUCUGCUAUUUUCUUUAGAUUCGUGUCACGUUUUUUAUAAGUUUUCAUGCACAGGGUGGAUUAUUAUUUUCAUGAUAAGUAGGACGACAUAAGAAAAUGUCCUCCACUAGGAAGUGAAUAAGCAGUCCAUUAAAUGGACGGCACGUCAUCUCACCGCUGUCCACAACCAGACAAAGACAUCAUCGGAGGGCAGAAUUGGAAAAAAACAGCCUGUCUACAGUCUACACAUAUAAAAUAGUUGUUUAUUAGAAUCAUGGACCAACAGAGGCUUCAUCUGCGCAUAUUCACAUACAGACAUAUAUUAAGAUAUAUAUUAAGACAUCUAUUAAGGGCCGUCGAAAGCCGAUCUCGCUUAGUCCGAAGUUUUUGGUGAGAUCGACUCGAACCUGCUAUCGUUUUGUUGUUGGUCCUACGCUCUUGUCAUUGAGCCAAGCGCCGUUGUCUCGUUUGUUGAGAUGGGCUUUUUUUAACUACAGCUAGUGACCAAUCUCAUGAACUGUUGGCUGAAAUUCUGAAAUGCAUUUUCUAUCAGGAAGGAUUACUUGGUCGCGGUUGUAAUACUGAUUAUCUUGCGACAUAAUCUUAUAACAUUUUGCACUCGGCAGGAUGUCAGCUUUUCAAUCUCCUGUGAAAACCGUACUCGGUAAAAAGUGAUUACUUAAAUGGCAUGCAUUUUUCCCAAUGAUCUUUGCUGUUCUUGAAAAUUCGAAUAAAUCUUAUAGAAAUCCCGAACAAAAAUAUACUUUGUUUCAGUCGUUUGGUAGAGAAUCAUAUCUUAUUAUACUUUAUACUCAAAAAAGGAGUAGCAUUAGAUUUUAAGAAACGUUUUCUAAUUGCCGAAUAAUUUGGAGCCUGAUUUUUCGUUGCAUUCGUGCUUAGUGCUUUUAAUCUACAAGGUACAUGCGUUCCGCGUAAGGAAAAUCACAUAUUUGUCUACACCAUAAAAAAUAUAUCAUACAGAGUCAAUACAAUUUCGCAGUGGAUGUGGACUAUGUUGUAUAUUUCAUGAGGAGUAGUGGAAAAUGGCGAGGUACGGUACUAUGUGGAUGGACAUUGCGAGGCCUUAAAAAUCUCAUAAUUAGAAACUUUUUAAAACCUUGCUAUACUCCUUCUUUAAGUAUACAAUAUAAAGAAAAUGUGAUUAUCUAUUAAUGGACUGAAACAAAGCGUAUUUUUGUUCGGGGUUUCUAUAAGAUAUAUUUGAAUUUUCAAGAACAGCAAAUAUCAACGGGAAAAAUGAAUGCCAUAUAAGUAGUCAUUUUUCACCGAGUUUCUAGAGGAGAAUGGAAAGCAAUGUAUUCAAAAGCUGACAUCCUGCCGAAUCCGAAGUGUUAUAAGAUUAGGCCGCAAGAUAAUCAGUAUUACAACCACGACCAAGUAAUCAUUCCUGGUCGAAAACGCGUUUUAGAAUUUCAGCCAACAUUUCAUGAGAGCGGUCGCUCGCUGUAUGGCAAAUUAAGCCUUACAAUCGGCUUGAGGAACAUACACUUCCCGUUGUGCAUUGGGCUCGAUCCAAGGCUCUGUUGACAGUCGCGCAGCGACUGGUAGUACAUCCAAAAGGGAGGCUGAUGUGGUCUUUUCUGACUGUCCGACUGUCUAUUGGGUGCAGCUGGGCAAACAUGUCCCGCUGCGCGAUUGGUAAGUGCCUCCCCCCUCCAUCACAUUUAGUACACCCGAUCGCAAUCGAUAGGACAACGGGUCCGUGUCUCAGUGGUAGUUAUGAUACCUAAGAAUAAAGGUACAAGUUAUCCGCAGCCCUUAAAACAGGAUAGUUUUACCCUUUGUACAAACUUUAAAGCGAUUUCUUUGACGAAUGUGGCCUGUUUGUAGUAAGGAGCACCUAAAUAGUUCAAAUGAAUCAAUACUUGGAGUUUUAUUUUUUCACCGAUCCUCCUCUUAGAAAACGCAGCCCAGAAGAUAAAGGGAAAUAAGUGAGAUAACUCACAGAAAAAUAAAAUAAGUAGUGCGAAUUCAACUUAACUUCCGCUGUUUAGCCGUGGCAACUUUUUGGAUACCACAUGAGUCGACAGGAUACUGUCUUUGGCAGCAACGAUAAACCUGAGAUACAGUGCGUGACCUAUCUCAUGAAAUGUUGGCUGAAAUUCUGAAAUGCCUUUUCGAUUAGGAAGGAUUACUUGGUCGCGGUUGUGGUAAUGAUUAGCUUUAGGAAUACUUUUAUAACAUUUUGGACUCGGCUAGAUGUCAGCUUUUAAAUGCAUUUCUUUUUAAUCUCCUGUAGAAGGCGUGCUCGAUAAAAAAUGACUACUUAAGUAGCACGUGUUUUUUCCCAUUGACUUUCGAUGGUCUUGGAAAUUCAAAUAUACUUUAUAGAAACAAUAAACGAAAAUAUGCUUUCUUUUAGUCAACCAAUAGAGAAUAACGUCUUCUUUGUAUUUUAUACUUAAGAAAGGAGUAUGAUUAGGUCUAUAAAAAGUUUCUAAUUAUGAGUUUUUUUAAGACCGCGAAAUGUUCAUUCACAUAGCAUCGUACCUGGCCGUUUACCAAUGCUCCUCAUGAAUUGUACAACAUGGUCACCAUCCAUUGCAAAUUUUUAUGAACCCCGUAUGAUAUCUAUUUAAUGACAUAGAAAAAUAUGAAUUUUUAUUUACGCGGAACGCAUGCAUUAUGUAGAGUGUAAUCACUAUGCGCUAAUGCAACGAAUGAUCAGGCUCCAAAUUUUUCGGCAAUUAGAAAACUUUUUAAAACCUAAUUAUACUCAUUCGUUAAGUAUAAAAUAUAAAAAAGACGCAAUUUUCUGUUGAAUGACUAAAAGAAAGCAUAUUUUUGUUGGUGAUUUCUAUAAAAUAUAUUUGAAUUUCAAAGACCAUCGAAAAUCAAUGGGAAAAAUGCAUGCUACUUAAGUAGUCACUUUUUUACCGAGCACGCUUUCUACAGGAGAUUGAAAAGAAGUGCAUUUAACAGCCGACAUCCUGCGGAGUCCAAAAUGUUAUAAGUGUAUGUCUUAAGAUAAUCAGUAUCACAACCGCGACCAAGUAAUCCUUUUUAAUCGAAUUUCAGCCAACAUUUCAUGAGAUAGGUCACGCACUGUACAUGUCCAGUCAAGUGCGUUUACGCAUAUCUUUAGUCCACAACGCGGAUGUCACCGUUUUUUCACGUACAAUCCGCAAUUAACACAUCUAACGGAAAACUGUUUUAUUUGAAUAUGAUUGGCGCCCAUCGGAAGGCCAGCACGUAAGACCUCGUCAUUUCUGAAGGAGAGAGAACGUACUGAGAUCGAUGCCGCCCCCACUUUACACCUCUGUACUCCAUCCAAGGUUUACAGGAAACAUUCUGAAGUCCUUGAUAUUGCGGUUUUAUGGCUUUUGCAUAUCAAAACUGAGAGCUUGGUGGUAACACUUCCUUUUUAACUAAUCUUCAUGUAAAAUGUGGUGAUUCUUGUUCAUCAGUGCCCUGAUACGAAUUCCUGAUAUUUACAGUGCGUGACCGAUCUCACGAAAUGUUGACCGAAAUUUUGAAAUGUGUUUUCGAUUAGGGAGGAUUACUUGGGUGUGGUUGUAAUAUUGACUAUCGUGCAGCAUAAUCUUAUAGCAUUUCGGACUCAGCAGGAUGUCGGCUUUUGGAAAUACAUUUUUCUGACAUUCUGCAGAGACCGCGAUCUGCAAAAAAUGGCUACUUAUGAAGCAUGCAUUUUUCGUAUUGAUUUUCGACAGUCUUACAAAUUCAAAUAUAUUUUAUAGAAAACGUGCAGAAAAUAUGCCUUCUUUUACUCGUUCGGUAGAAAAUCACACUAGCUUCAUACUUUAUACCUGAAGAACGUUAUAUUUAGGUUUUAAAAAAGAUUGUACUUAUGAGAUUUUCAAAACCGUAUGAUGUCCAUAUAAAUAACAUCGUACAUGUCCAGUAACCAAGGCUUCGGAUGAAAUUUACAGCACAGUCCGGAUCCAGUGCAAAAUUUUAUAAACCCUAUGUGGUAUCUUUUUAAAGGCAUAGAGGAAUAUAUGAGUUUCCUUACACGGAAAGCAUGCCCUUUGUAAACUGAAAUCGCUAAAUGCUAAUGCAAUGGCAGAUCUGACUCAAAAUUAUUCGGGUAUUGGAAAAUCUUUUUAAAAACUAAAUAAACAGUUUUUUCGGUAAUGUAAUAGGAAGACAGUGUGAUUUUCUACCAAAAGGAGUAAAAGAAAGCAUAUUUUUGUGCAUGUUUUUCAUAAAAUAUAUUUUAAUUUGUAAGGCCGUCGAAGAUCAAUAAGAAAAGUGCAUGCUGCAUAAGUACUCACUUUUUGCAGAUCGCGGCCUCUGCAGAAGGUCAGAAAAGAGUACAUCCAAAAGCCGACAUCCUGCUGAGUCCGAAGUGCUAUAAGAUUAUGCUGAAUGGUAAUCAAUAUUACACCCGCACAUAAGUAAUCCUCCCUAAUCGAAACCCAUUUCAAAAUUUCGGCCAACAUUUCAAGAGAUCGGCCACGCACUAUGAGCAGCCAGCACCUGCUUUACAGAUGAAAGGAACUAAAGGGAAAUCCGCUGGUUAACCAUAGCAGCCAAAUUCAUAUCGUGAAGUAAGCGGGAUGAAAGGAAACAAGAAUUGCAGUCUCCAAUUCACACCUAGGUCACUUUUACACCUUCCUUUGAGUCGGAGGAGGACUCAUGCGAGCAUAACGGACAAUAUAAACAAUUACUGACUUGGAAUAAUUUGCAUGAUAGUGACCUCAUCUCGCAGAAACUGAGAAUAAGAUAACCAAAAUUCGCCUACGUUGGUUUGGCCGCUCAAAUUAAGGUUAGCUUAUCUGUGCGGUAGAACUACUCAUAAAGUGUGCUCUGAAUAAUUUUGUACAGAGCAAGGUUUUUUAUAAGCUUUCCUUAUGCUUUGGACUGACAGGAAGAUCUUAACCACCACGUCCAUUAGGUCAUCAACCUCUGAGAAGUAGUGAUAGAGAUUUACGGGUAAAAACUCGGGAAAUCAGAAGAAAGUCGUAUUAAGGAUCGAAUAGAUUGUGUCUCAUCCUAAGUGGGAAGGACAGAAUUGUCAUUGGUAAUAGUUCGUUAAUGUUUAAGCCCCAAAUCAUAGUAAGAAGCAGAAAGUAUAUAGUCAGACUUUCGCAGAGAAAAAGUGCCUGGUCUUCUUAGAUUAGAUUCCUGUCCAAAGGCUCCGUCUUUUCUUUUCAGCAAGGACUUAUUUAAUGACACUGAAACUUCUCACAGCUUCUUUAUACCCCCUCAAACUGCAAAAACAAGAGAAGUGUAACCAGAUGAGAUCAAACGUAAAACUCACUGAACUUCAAUGGUGAUGUCAUUUGAAUCUUGCACAGCCUUUCAGGUUAAUCUCUAGAAGUGUUUUCUGGAAAUAUAAAAAUUCCAUUCAAUUACACAGACUGAGGGAAGAAACAGCCCGUUCCGUAAUUAACGACUGAAAUUUUGAGAUAACACUCCGCUUUUGACUUGCAAAUGUCAUAAAGACUGAAGAUUCAGUGUUGUGGAAGCAGGUAGAUUGAAGGCCAAUGAGUCAACCAUAGGAAUUUGGACCCCCGUAUUGCCGUCGGCCCUGCGCUUAACUUCGGACGGGCUGGAGUUAGUGUUACGGUCAGGCCUAAAGUUGGUAUUCAGUUAGAGCUAGGGCCGAGGUAAUGGUUUAGUAGGGUUAAGAUUACGGUAAGUGUUCGGAGUAAACUUAGGACAUGGGAAUAGCUACCCCCUGGGGUCCGGCGAGAGGCCAUCUGUAGUGCGAAGGGAGCACUUAUUUACUCGUCCAACAGCUCGAAGAUGCAUGUGCGUCAACGCACGGGAUUCUAAAGUCACUGAGACUGUCAUUUCUUUGUAGAGAACACUUAAGAACGUUCUGGUGAUCGCCAAAUCAAUACGCGCAACUUCUGUUUUUUUUUUAUAAUCAAACUGCUUUCAGUUUCCGACUUUUAGUUUAAUCGACCUCCGUUUUUUACCAUUGCUACUUCCAACCAAAUCAUUCGAAAUAUAGAGUUAGGGUAUUUUGUAAAUUGAUUCCAACCCCGCGAGAACUUGUGAUGCUCUUAUUCGCAAUUGGGCUCUAUUAUGCUUCAAAGUAAAUCUACCUAACAUCGUUGAAUGCCACAGUUAAUAUUUGGCCCCGCCAUUCCCGUAUCUAACUGUAAUGGCUAUAUUCAUACCACGCGCUUGGGAAGAUAUUUUUUGUAAAAAACCGUUUCACUUCAGCUAAGACUGUUCAGCCAUGAAUAAGAUCUUCAACAAAACUGUUUGUGAUCUGAUAGAAUACGUUCGUCAGAUAUUGUGGAAGGAAACUUAAACAGACUGAGCCAGACUACAUUCUAUCUAGACAUUUCAACUAAAUUAUAUCAGAUUUGGUCAAAACCUGCUCGACCGGCAGAUUUAUCAGCAGGGCGUGUUUUACUUGCAAAACUGCCUGUGCGAGAUUUUGACGUUGCCACCGCAUGAAACAACUCUUCAAAAUUCAUUUCGAAAUCGAGUACCCAUACACCUUUUGUCGUAACUUUAUUUAGUAAACCUCGACUUUAUUAUUUUUCACGAAAUUAUCAAAAGUAUCCAAAAUAAUGUCGGCGGAACAGUACUUGUCACAUGACUUCCAAUUUUUUAGGGAUUUGAUCUGAAGACUGCGAAGAUUUCGCACUGCAAAGACUUUGCUCUAAAUGGCGAGGGCUUGGAACAACGCUUGUUAUGAAGUGACUCACUUCCACUAUAUAUAUAUAUAUGUCUCACUUACACGAUGAAGCUGACUGAUGCUUCCAACUUACUUCGAGUACAAUAUCCCGAAAAAAGCGUACCCUUGCCAAAAUUACUGCAGCAGGAGAGCGCAUCCGACAAGCCUUCUCACCCUUUUUUGACUUUUUAAGCCUUACAGCAUGGAAUGCAAGAAUUUAUGUGAUGGUCCAAAAGAUUCAACACUCAAACUCUACAACGUUCAAUGGUUCUUUUUGAAAUAUAUUGGGUAUUCCUCCUUGGAGUGCAAACGCGCUCAUAAAUAAGGGUCUAUAUUAUUCAGAGCAGUCGAUCGGUUAUGGAAGCUUUAUGGGAUAGCAUCAGAGUCCCAUCACAAAUGAUGGCAAUUUAAUUCGUCCUGCCCAAUAUAUCUGUGGUGUCAAAUAUUAAUUUAUUAAAGCGAAGAUACUUUCGUCACGCGACGGGUAACAGGACUUGAGAUUGGCGCGAGAGAAGCGAAUGUCGAGACCAAAACGUAUAAUUUAUUAAUGUAGAUUGGAAGAUGUGUAAGAAAGAGUAGGCAACAUUUCCAAAAGGGAAACGGCAAAUUGAGUUUGCACGAAUAAGUUGCAGUGAGGGCAGGUUCGAUCCCGCGUGAAGGUUAUUCCAGUCUCCCGGAAAAAUCGUAGUCAGAAAACGACGUCAUUUGAGAGUUAAAAUCCUCCCAAUUUUUUUCGAUGAUCGCAUCAAUUAAAUCCUGCCUUUCAAAAUUCAAUAAACGUAACAUUCUUGAUGCGUCAGUGUUAUUGUCAAGUAUUCCACCUUUGUAUGAGGUGCUGGAAGUAGGGUUUUAUUUUCUUUUUAACGUUUACCCUGUCUUACAAGUAUUUCGAUUCAGUAAACUGCAUACAGUCGGGAAUUUUCCUCAGAAAAUAUCUGACAGUGGUCAUAUUACUAAAAAAUAUAUAAAUACGCAGGAGAGUAUCGACAAAUACAAGGGGACUGGGACAGUCAUUUCUGGCUUGUCAGUCGCCGUCAACCAGCCCUGCCUAACCACAGGUUUCCAACAGCUGGGGUUCGAGCCCGGGAACUUUGGCCAUCGAGUCGAACACUCCACCGAUUAAACUACGCGACCGCUGUCCUGUGGUUACGACUGGAUCAUUAAAUACGUCGGGAUAACAUUCCCCAAAAGGGCUACGGGACGAGAUAGCCCAGUUCCACCCUGCAGACAGUUGUACAGCUACAGCCGAGGUUCGAGUCCAAGACCUCUGGCCAUUGAGCCGAACGCUCUACCGAUUAGGCUACGCGUCCUCUGUCGGUUACGAUCGGAUUAUUAAUUAUGUCGGAAUAACGUUCGCCGAUAGGGCUACGUGACUUGACAGUCUAGUUCUGCUUUAAGGCUCGAGUUAGCGUCUUGCAGACAGUCGUACAGCCACGGCUGAUGUCGGCUAUUAAGCCAGGAGUGACAACUCUAGUCUCCCAUGUCUCUGUCGGUAAUCUUGUUCUACUGAUACCAGUAGCUGCUGCGUGACUGCCCGUGGAACUCCAAAGCACACCGCGAUGAGCAGGUUCCGUAACUCGGUCGACAAACGUCCUCCAAAAUAAUAUGAAUAUAUCGAUUGAUCAAAUAGUAGUUUUCGUAAGCAGCUUUGGUGAACCCGCAAGUCCUGACUUAAAAACUAAUCACCAAACUGCUGCACAGCGGCCUUAAUCCUAGCCGACUAAGGAAGAAUUACUGAUAUAACAGUAUUAUGGUAAAGGCAUCUGUUUCAAAAUCGGCAUAACUCAUUUCAUUCUCUGGGGUGGUUUUUUGAACGAUGAUCUGAACUACGAAGGCAUCGAAAAUCAUCGCAAAGAUUUCUCAAUAUCUGUCAAGAAAGGACGCUUGACACUCGAUGUUUCGCAUUAAAAGCCUUUUUUGGCCGCAUAGCUCAAGUACUCUCUACCAAAAUAUAACUUUUGCACACGGUACUAAAGAUGCUUUCCCGAAAACGUGCAUGGUAUUCUAAAAUUUUCAGAGACUUAGAAGGGACAGAUUAUGGACUGUUAUUCUAUGAGUCGCUUUUAAUGACGAAACUGUGUUGAAAUUAGGGUGAUUGCAACUGAGUAGGAGCACAUGGUGCUUAACGAAGUCUUCAUAUGUGCACAGUGUUGCCGCAAGGAGUACCUGGCCUUCUAAUACGAGCUUAAAUGUUCACACAAAGGAUAGAUUUUGAAAGGCGGUCUCCGAACUCUAUCCAGUGCGCAAUAAUCCUAUGUUCAUUACUAUGUCUAGACUACCCCUUUGCAUCAUUGACAGUUACAGAAAAUCCCAUUACGAUUACAAGAUCAUUUCCACUGAAUGUCCUCACUUUAGGACGCUAUUCUCCGGCAAUAAGAACCAAAUACUCCAGCGCCUGAGUGUAUUUCCAUAAUUCUGUAUCUUCUGUGGCGUUACUGAAUAAGACAACGGACUUGGCCACCCCAUCCACCCAAGACUGUUUCGUGUUACAGUCGAAGGAUGUCGUCCUACCUGUUACGAUUGGUUGACAGACCUCUAAAUGCAACUUUGACACCAUAAAUACCCUAAAGCGGUGAAAAUGUCGGGCACAAAUGCGAUGUUUAUGCAAAGCUAUUAUCUAGACCAGCAAAUGUCUUCCGUCCCCAAAUGCAAACUGCUAGUAAUGAAAACAUUAGUUUAAGACAUUAUAUCCCGUAACUGUCUUCGCAGAGGUCGACAAACAGUUGAAAAUAGUUUUCUACCUCGACCGGGCUACUUCUUUUAACACCUGUAAAUUUGAAGAAGUGAACCGGUUACCUAACUGACUCUAUUUCAGAGGAAAGCGUGGAAGAUUGAAAAAAUCUAUUUUGCAGCUCCUAUUGGCGUGCAGAUAAAAUUUCAUUAAAUAACAAAUCAGCUGCCUUAUGAGUGGGGUGAGAUUCCUCUCCACAGAGAGCGUUUGUUCAGUAUUCAUUUUAUACCUUCUCAUUUUGGUGGAUUUGAUCAAAAGGGCAACUCGAAUCUUCCUCCCAAAAGGUAAAAUGUCUGCCAAAUUGUAGUUAUGCGGACAUAACGCUUGCCUGCAAAUAGUGUCCUAAUUUUCAAGUUGGUUACAAAAAGCGACUACUGAUGCUGGAGAGGCUGCUCUGUUGGAACGCGGGUCUGUUACUCUGAGAUAUCCUCACUUCGGUAAAUUUUCCGUUAGGGGCCCGCAGUGGGUCUUCAAUUAACAUUUCUGCCUACAUAUCACAAGGACUGUGGGCCGAAAUGCCCCAAUAUUUUCGGUUAGGAAGGCCUACUUUAGCCGAUUUGCAACACUUAUUAUCGUGCAGCAUAAUUGCAAAGCGUUUCAGCCAUUGCAUGAUUCUGGCUUUCAAAAGUGCUUCUUUUAACCUUAUUCAAAAACCGCACUCGGUUAAACAUGGCUAUUUAUGAAGCAUAAAUGUUUCUCAUUUUCUUUCAGUCCUAAUCUAUUUUAUAGAGAAAUCAGGCAAACAUAUCCUUCCUUGAACCAGUUUGGUAGACAACUACAUCUUUAAAUUUCCUACUCAAAAGAGAAUGCUGAUUUUUGAUGAUCCAAAGCAUUAUAAGCAGUAUUGCAGCCCACUAAGUUAAUUCUUCCUAACAUUUCAUGGCACUGGUUACCGGCUACACAUAUCAAUUCAGCCGAUUGCGAUUUAUGUAUUCUCCCGAUCACAUGAGAGCCCUGCUCGCAAGAAAACACAAUGAUAUUGAGUCAAAAAGUUUAUUUACCACACCCACCAUUUAUCUCAACGUCGACCCUCUACCUGUGAAAAACAAUGCCUACCCUACUUAAACCAAUGGCGUGCGUUUUCAUUUGAACAUCUAUUCCAAAUAUGAAUUCUAAGCUAUUUUAAAUAUCGCAGUUAGAACAAGCGUUUCACUGCCUUGGAAAAGGACUGUGAUAAGCAGUGUUAAUGUGAAUAUUAUGUAAAUUACUUCAGCAGCGCGCGCUACAACAAGUGAAUGACAUACCAUUCGACCGACUUGGGCAUCGACAGUCAGAAAAGUUUUAAAACAAGCAUGAUGUUCAUCACCGCUGUAUUAAAAACUUCGACUGUAUGGCGAUCGCAGUUGCGGUUAAUAAAAAUCCAAGAAUAGCAGUCUCUUUACCCAGUAUGAUGACGAUGAGUAAGGGGAAUAUGGAUGAAUCAUUUAUUUUGGAGAAGUUAAGGCUCUCCAGCACGAGUAAAAUCGUGUACACAUACCCCGACUAAGCAACUCUCGAUGAUAUGAACAUUCGAAUGCUUCAAGUCGUCCCUGAUAAAUAAAUUACCUGCAAUGACUUUACAUAUGCUCGAAUGGAAUCAAGAUGUUCUGUAUCCAAAGGACUCAGUUGCAUGUUCUGUCAGGUCGAUCCAGGAUUCAUUUACAAACCAAUCGAAAGUUAUAGAGAGAUAAGGAAACAAAAUUAGCACAAUGUUCUGGAUGUAUGAUAUAUCCACCAACAAGUCAGCCUUGCUAUUAGUGACGACAUUGUUUCAAAAAAGCAAACCAUAUACUGGCACUCAGGCGUCACGCAGAGGUAUUUUUGGAGGAGAUAACAGUAACGCCUUCACGAAUGUAGACAUGUAGUCGACAUAAGCGCUCUAAAUGCUGAUUCUUUAGGAACACAGUUUGUCCACGUGAUUAUGCUAAUUGAAAAUUAUCACAACAUGGAUUUACUUGCUUCCUGUCCUCCACGAUCUGUAUUUAACUAGUUAGGACCCAUAAGCGGAAUCAUGCGAAAUUCGUAUUUAUUUGGCAUCCAUCGUGAAUUUAAAUCAGUUCAAUUUUUAAAUUUCUCAGAAAACUUAACAUCACCCGAACAUGUGCUUUGUGCCAAAUUGCUACCACUGAUUCACUAGCAUGUUUAUCCAGAUGUUGGAGUUUAUGAUGACAUUGCUGACAUAUCAAUAAGCAACGACCAAAAAAAUAAGUUUAAUCGUCCUUUUUGCUACAAUCGUCAUUCACUUUAAACGUAUUGAGCUUCUUUUCUCUGAAUAUGAAUUACGGAAAUUAGACCAGUAGUCAACUGAACACGACGACUUCUCCCGUGGAUUUGUGGACAAUGGAUUUAUACAUGUGACUGGUACGCGUUACUAUGUUGGAGGCAAUAUGAAUCUGGGCUUUUUGUGUAGUCCGGCAGCAUCUAAGCACAUCCUAAAUUGUUAGACCUGAUCCAUAGAACAUUUUGUGAUGAUUCUAUCGUUUGUGUCGUCAAAUAUUUUGCUGUGUAGGUGAAGUUUUGGUCUCUUGAGGAACGGCCAUUGUUCCGCGACUACUCAGAACUGUAAAGUAAGACUAUAUGCUUUUUCCAUUAUGAUCAGAGUGAUCUCCUUGUUGCAAUGCCUCAUUUGAUUGAUGAUCGAGCAUUUGCAGUUAGAGAUUAAGCCCACAAAAUAUAAAGAACAAUUUUAAAACACGUUUUCGAUUAGGAGGAGUUGUUUAUGUGGGAUUGUCGUGUUCAUGAUUAUACGGCAUAAUUUCGUGGUGCAUCGGCCACAUCAGGGUGUUGUCUUUUAAAUGCAGUUUUUUCAGCCAUCUGCAAUAGCAGCACUCUGCAAGCAAUGAAUGCUUAAAUUGUAUGCAUUUCUCUAUCGAUUCAUGGUGCCCUUAAAAAUUAUAAUAUAUGUUACUGAAAGCACAUAAAAUGUUCUUUUGGUGCUUACUUUGUAAAGAAGGACUUUUCUUCUAGACUGUUUACCCAGGGAAAGCGGAUUUUUAGGUUUUGAAAAGUUUCGAACUCUGUGAUUUUCUAAAACCACGCAAUUUCCAUUCAAAUGAUAUCGCAUCUACCCGAUCAUUAAUGUUCCUCAAGAGAUAAACAGCAUAGUUCUCAUCCAUUAGACAAUUUUCUGAGUCCAUUAUGGAAUUUUCUUAAUGGCCUAGGGGAAUUAAUGAAGGUUCUUGCACGGAAAUUAUGUAGUUUGUAGACUGAGAAUCUCAAACUCGGACUUAAUGGUCAUGGAGAUCAAAACUAUUCUGGAAUAGGAAAACCUUUUUAAAACCUUGAUCACCCUUUCUAUCGUUAUUUAUAUUUCUAAAAAUGCCAGUGUUUAUCAAAUGCCUACAAAAAGAACAUUUAUGUAUGUGUUUGCCGUAAAGUAUAUUGGGCUUUAUAAAGGUACCAAAAAUCAAUAUAAAACUGCGUACAGUUCAAACAGUCAUUUAUGCAGAGUGCGGCUUUUGCAGGCGGCGGAUAAGAAACCGCAUCUAAAACUCAUCAUUCUGGCGUGUCAAAUAAAUUUAGGGAUUACGCCGCAUGGGAACCAACACUAUAACCUCACGUAAGAAACCCUUUCUAAUCGAAAAUGCAUUUCAAAAUUUCAGUUAUUAUUUCAUAAGGCUAGUCUCUGACGAUAACUAGUCGCACAAUGAGGUUCUGAUCUAGUGCCUAGCUCAGUUGAAAGGAAAUUUUACUUUUCUAGAGUUAAUACUGACUCAUUUUGUUGUUCAGUUAACUUCAUAAAACGCAUUAAAGUGAACGUACAAGGGCAGUAUCUGCCUUCGAUCCAUAAACUUGUUUCGGAGGUAUUGACUGGUGAGGAAGUCGAUUCAUUUUGGCUUUUCGUAUUCGAGUAUUUCCGUAUUGUGUGGGAUGCGCAUUACCCUGUUUCACCUGUUUACAACUCAGUGUUUGCCGGCAUAUGAAAAUGCCCUUUUAAUUUAUUUCUGGCAAACAGUUCUUCUCAUCAGCAAUAUCUGAUAAAAAAAGUCAAUAAAAGUAGUUUUGUAAAUGGCAUUUAACAUCUCACAGUCGCUGGAGCCAUCUUCAUAAACAUCAAAUACUUUUCAAAUCAUGUACUACAGCUUUCUCUAAAGGGGCACUGUACAAUGUCUCUCAUUGUACCUAGUUGUUUUUUUUAAUCGAUUUACGCACACGUGCAGUAUUAUAGCUUCCAGGGAUACGUCCAUAAGCGUUAUAUUUCUCUUCCCCUCCGUUGCCUUAAGGUCAUUUCGGUGAGGUUUUUCGAGGUCAUCUGCUUACAAACGCUGCCUAUCCAAUCACCAAGGACAUCACUCUCCACGGAUGUGGUGACGUGCCGGUCCUUGCCCAGGCCAUUUCAACUUCGUCCACUACCACCUCUCCUCUGCAUCAGAUUGCUUCUUCAACCACCGCCUCCUCCUCCUUCAGUUCCGUCUCUUAUGCUGGUCUGGGUAGUUCCAUCGUCACCAGUCGCCUACCCAUCUUCCUUCGCUCCGUACGUCUGUCUACAUCCUCACCACUGAGAGCGGUGUCGGGAACAGUCAACGACGACAAGGAAUCUCUUCUACUCAGUUCAGCUCACCUCUCCCUCCAUUUGCGUAACCCCGCACUCCUGGCAUGUCAUGGAAUCGUGAAGAGUGUUCAACCACACCUCUUUGUCUAUGAAUACAUGCAAAGAGGCAGGCUGAGGAAGUUCCUGGAGAGGGUGAGUUAUUAUCACGGCGGUUCCUCACUACGAAAUCGUGGAUUAAAAUCAACAUCACGACAGUGAAUCUAAUGCGGAGCGCCUGGGGACCUUUGCACCUUCUGACUUCGAAAUGUGUAACCGUCUUGUCUUGGUCAAGGAGUAUGUAGUAGCGUAGGACUUUAUGGGCCGUCGGAAGGUUUAGAUGCCUGUUGGUGGAACUGGCAUCUGAGUACGAAGCCUCAAGUGUAGGACGCUCUGUCCUUAAGACGGCCCAGCUUGGACGGUUGUUCCUUGAAAGUCAAAAUUGUGGCCAGUUUGUCCCACGUGAGUUGGGAGCUGUGAGUUCGGGUCUAGUCUCCGAGUUGCCAGUUGGUGCUCGUGUAGGCGGGUCUGAAAUUUCCCCACGUCCCUCUCACCGAAAGACCAGAACAGCUACAUAUCGUUUUGUGAGUAGUUGGAUAAUGUCCUGGAAGCUUCAAAUUUAGAUCAGUAGAGUAAUGAACUUGGCAUAGUCUUGAGUAAAUUGGAUAGUUUUGCGUCAAUCGUUGUUGGUUAAAACAAAAUGGCCGAGUGUUCAAGGGCACCUGUCAAUGGAACAGAAUGAAACGGUGAGCGAUUUUUGUCUUCCUUUCCUAAUGCAAAAGGGCUGAGACACUUAAAUUAACGCUCCAUCCUUAAACUUGCGAGUACCAUGCGUGAGCUAUCGAAGACCUACACUUUCUGCCUUCAGUGGUGGACAUUCUCGAGAACAAAGUUUUGCUUUAUAUAGUGCGCCUGCUUUGAAUUCCACUUUAAGUAGUUGUGGUAUUUCUGGUUUUCCCAGAUUUUCCAUAUAUUGGUCCCUCUCACCUGAAGUCCAGUGUGACUCGAGAAAAGCGAGAUGCAUUAUUGCUGCGCAUCAAGUAUGAACUGCCGCGAUAGAUAUGAGACCUCCUAAUUUUAUUAGAUGUCGAUACAAACGAAGAUGCGAGUUCCAGGAAGUAACUGAUGCGACAAAAAAGCAAACAAAAGCUUCAUUCGCCUGACAUUAUGGGUCCACGUUCAAAACCGUUAUCAGAGAUAUUAUCAGACACGAGUGAUUCACGCACAGAAGGUUGCAAUAUUUAUAGGAUUUAGUCACUAGGCUACCGCAUACUUAUGGAGAUUAGCCCCUCUCCCUGUCGUCGAGGUUGGUUGCCCGGUGAUGCUCUGAUUGUUUGAUGACCGGCAUAAAAACUGUUCACGGUUAAAAGUCCACCACUCGUUUCGGAUUCUGGUGUGGAGAUUGCUCGGCCACCCGGCUCACUGGCCUACGCGCUCUCAGAGUGACUUAUUACUUUGGUCAGACUAAGUCUCAGCACCGAAUGUGCGGUGGGGAUUUCAACGCACUUGUUGAUAGAUUAUAGUCCCAUAAACCAUGACACAGGCAGCUCGCUGCCCACGCAGUUGUUACCUCUAGGGAGAAUUUUAGCCUCAUCAAACUUGAAUUUGUGGUCAGGUCUCUUCGAAUGGACCGCAACAUGAGAGUUGGCGUCAUUUCUCCGCACCGCUGCCGCUUGUUCGGCGAUUCGCAUCCAGAGCAGUCUUCCAGUUUCUCCGACGUGGUUGUUUUGUUUGCAGUUGCACCAGAUCCGUUAAACGAUUCCAGAUGUUUCUUGUCGUAACAAAUUCAUCUCGAAGGUACUACAACUGUUCGGCGCCAACAGUCCUUGUCUGUCACUGUCGCUGAUGGUGAGUUCUGGUGGGAAUCUAAACCGCCCAGGAAAGGAAAGAUUCUUCCUACAAACAAUACGAGCGUUGAUAAUGAUCUUAAGAAAAAAACCUUAGAAAAGCAACAGUGUGACAGCAGUUGGCACUUGUGGUACAGCGGACUCCAGUCUGCACGAAACAAAGCCUUUUGAACGAUUAAGCGGUCCGUGCAGUUAUCCAACUUUUGCAGUUGAAAGGCGUCGACUAGGAGCUCCCUUUAUGCCUGAGUCUUUGCCAAAUCGAUCGAGCAGUUUACAUUCUCUUGCAGUUUCAUCCCUGAAUUCACAGAUAACUAAGAUCGUGUAGUGUAAAGCAAGUGGUUUCUUACUUGCUUAGGUAGGUUAAUGUUUACAACUGGUGUCGACUGUUUUCGCAGUGGAUUGGUUACAUGCUAUCGGGUGGCUUAAGUUACGACCCGAAUUAUAUGAACACCAAAGUGUUGACGGAAGCCAAAGCUGCUCUAUUUAUUUCAAACCUGUAAGCGGCGAUGGCCUCACAUUCAACCCCCUUUUUGUCGCCAGUGUCCAACCGGAUGAUGUUCUAUUAAUACUUCCCGCUCGCGGACGUGUUUACUUAGCCCUUUCCACUUCUGUAUCCAUUAAAAGUCUGUGUUGGGUACCCAAAUUAACUUCCAAUAUUUGGAAGACCAGUUGGCGGGUAUACGCUUGUGCUCGAUAGGAUCUUGUCAGACCAGUACAUCCACAUGGGGACGGAGCCCAGCAAAACAUGUCAACGAUUAGAGAAAUCGACCAAAUUUCGCCCUAAGACAUGGGCGGCAUGCGAAAAUAUGAGAAGGGGGGUAAUAAGAGUCCUGUCAGGGGCGGGGUGAGAGCAGAUGGACGUGGAGAGUCGCCCUUUGACUAUUGUAGGCGUGGUGCCUGAACAAGGUUCUUUUGUGCGCACAAGACCGACUUUCGUAAGCUGGUAGCGGCCGCUUUAGCUACUACUUAUAGUCGCUGGCCCAGUAGCUUAGGGUAGCUUUAAGGAACCUUAUAAAUCACAAGAAAAGCCUUACCGUUGUCCACAAGAUGAUCAGAAUCAAUGAUAUGUGCGAGAAUAGCGCUGUUUAUACACCCAACGUCCUCUUUUCCCAGUCAAACCGGGAGGUGUUCUCGUAUUCUUUGGGAUGAGCGUCGAUUCGUACGACCAAGUAAAGGAGUAAAUGGGGUGGUCUGAGAUGACAGUCCAUCCUUACCUUCUCCGCGCCAAUCAUGCACCUCUCCGCUGCCUUCCGCUCUCACCCAACUCUUGGCAUGAAUUUUAUUGUCACUCCCGCAGCAUAUUUCUGCAUCCCUCCUGUGUCUUAAGGCGAACUUUACUCGAUUUUUUUAAUUACUGACAUGCUUUAGUUGACUCCCUUCACAUAUAUAUGCACUGAUCCGAUGAUGGUUUUUCAAAAACAAACGUGGGUUCGCAACUAGUCCUCUGAAUAACUUCCAGUCAUCAGAUCAUCUCCAGGUAGGUGUGAAGCGUGGGCUUAUCUCUCAGCCUUGUUUCCGGGAUUUCUGACUUGAAACUAUCGGCGGCUCAACAAGGCGGAAUGACGACCUAGCUAGGCGAUGUAAAUCUACGGUACUCUAUGCAGGACGGAAAAUGGGCAGAGGCAAGGAAGAUUUAAAUAGCCACUUUUUGGCUCGUCAGCCGUCGUCAAACAGAUAUAUCCAAUCCCAGAUAUGCAGGAACUGAGAUCACCGAACGUUAGUCAUUCAAAUUCUUUACCGAAUUUCCGUCAUCUUGCCGGUUAUGGCUGGGAACACUAGCCAUGGUGGAAAGACGUCUAGCAGUCAGGUUACGUGUCAGGCUCUUCGUGCUCUGCCUUUGGGCGCAAUGUAAAGCCCUUUCAGGGAGUCGCGCAGCGACUGACAUUAUGUACAUAGGGAAAAUACCAACAAAGGCAAGAGAAACUUUUAUCGUUCUUUCUUGGUCGGCACUACACAGGGUCUGCUUCGAUUCUGGAAGCUCGGUACGAAUUCUCAAUUCAUUCAAUCACCCGAUGAUCCAGUUAAAAGCAAACAACUGAACCUCUUCUAGCAAUAACGAAAAUGACGAUUAGGGUCAUUAAAAUGCGAAGAGGUAAGCUGUCAGGGAGACUUCUACAGUCUGGUAGAAUCUUUUUCCAGUUUAAAUGGAUAAAUUCACGGCAAACUCCCCUAGUUACUGCCUAUUUUCGUGGUGAUUAUCAGUUUGUUUAAUAAUCACAUUGUUAACUAUUUUUCAUUGAAGAAAUGCAAUCACCUGCGGUCAGUCAAGGCCUCCCAUACUGUCAUAUAAGGUCAAGAAUGAGGCGCAAAAGAUAGCCUUAUUUCGUUGAAAAUGAUUGUAAACUUUAAAGUAGGCAUGGACAGCAGAAUUUGUUGGUACCAGUUAAUUUCGCGAUGGCUUAUCAACUGCACUCAGUCGUUGAAGAGCACAAAUAAUAAGUGAGAAAGGUAAAGAGGUUUGAACUUCGACAGAGAAAAUCAAUAUUAAACAGCAAGGUCAUCGUAUACUGCACGUAGACUAAUCAAUAAAAUGGUAACUUCAAAACGCAACAUAGGAAAGAAAAUGGGGAAGUAAACACGCCGAGGGAUUUUGAAAAUCAAAAGGGCUCAGGUAAGCUGAGUUUGACCUCGUAGUCUAACUGUUUACAUAGGUCGGGUUUCUCCCGUCGUAUGUAGGUUGCCUCAAGGUAGCGCAAUAACCGGGUAGUUCGUGCUCGAACAAACACUCAAAAAGACGUUUUAUGUCAACAGAAUGGCUGCUAUCAAGGAGAUGCUUUGUAAUAGAAGACCGUGAAAUCUUAUUCUCCUGCUUUAGAAGCCAUUUGGGCAGGUGUUCAACUGCCCUGGAGGUCGCCUACAUACGGCGGAAGAAACCGACCUAUGAAAACAGUUAGACCACGUGGUCAACCUCAGCUUGCCCUGGUGAAUCUGAGCCCGUUUGAUUCGCGCAAUCCCUCGGCGUGUUAACUUCCUCAUCUUCUUUCCUAUGUUGCGUUUUUAAGUCAUCAUUUUAUUGAUUCGUCUACGUGCAGUAUACCACGAUCUUGCUGUUUUUAUAUUGAUUUUCUCGGUGGAAAUUUAAACCUCUGUAUCUUUCUCACUUGUUAUCUGUGCUAUGCAACGACAGGCUGCAGUUGAUAAGCUGUCGCGAAGUUAAUUUUCUCCAACAAACUCCGCUGUCUAUGCUUGCUUUAAAGAGUUGUUAUGUUUUUCGUCGAGGGUUGCUCAAAAUCGCGGCCACAAAAUUAUGUACAGUAUACGCAUAGCAGCUAUUUUUUGAGGCACAGACGUCAUAGCCAACGAUUUGCUGUCGCGAUCGACUAAGUGCGUUCCAAGGAAUACUGUCGUAGAGACGCGUUUCAGUACAGAAAGUACCCAACGAAGUAAAUUGUUAGAGAGACUUCUACAAUCUGGUAGAAUCUUUUUCCAUUUUUGAUGAGUGAAUUCACCGCAAACUCCCCUAUUUACCGCCUAUUUUGUGCUGGUUAUCAGUUUGUUUAAUAAGCACAUUGCAAACUAUUUUUUCACUGAAAGAAUUCAAUCACCUGCGGUCAAUCAAGGCCUCCCAUACUAACUAUCAUAUAAGGUCAAGAGUAGGGCGCCAAAGGUUGCAUUAUUGCUUUGAAAAUAAUUAUAAACUUUAUCAAUGCUCCCAGUACCCUGUUGUUGCUCCAUGUUGUACAAACCUAAGGUCACAUUCAAUGUCCUGCUCAUAAGCGUCUGAAAUAUCUGCCCCCAACCGACAAGGACGUCUUAGAUAACACAAAGAAACAAGGAACGGAGGGUUGGAGUUAAUAUUUCUGCUGACGAAGGGGUUUUGAGCAGAGACAAAUAGCUGUGUCCGCCUCACCUUCUGGGCUUGUACUCGAGCUCUACUCAAGACACAAACAAACGUGAAGACAAUCAUGAUGUUUAGAGGAAGCACUUAUCAGUAUGCAUGAUGUGUUGUUGAUCUAAAAGAUGAGUUGAAAUUUACGACGUGUCACACCUCCAAAUGAUAACCCGGCUUUUCGACAUAAUCCACAAGAUCAGCCGGAACAGUGACACUUGGUAUGCCGGAGAUAAUGAUCUUUGCUUUGGUACACCACGGAGUCCGGCCUUAAAUGACGAACAGUUUAAAUGGUUGGUUUUCGGUGAGAGAAGUUGGAUCUCAACCAACUUGAUUUGCCUUGGUAUACGAUGUGCGACCGUUGAAAUGUCUUCAUGCCUUUCCUUUUACAGAACAUAGUCCAAACUGCGCACUUUUGAUAUCCUCAAGAGUGUCACUGUUCAACCAAAUGCUGUAGGUAGGAUUUGGCUGAUGUGCUGAAGAGAUGUAGACCCAGAAACGAAAUAAGGAGAGUUAUGUUUAUCAAGAGCAUUGCCGACAAAUAGAAGGGCAGAUUUAAGUCACCAUUCCCAAUAUAAUCUAGACUCCAGACUUAGGUAAGAAAUAUCCGGGAUUUGAAAUUGCAUCUGCCUACGCUGCGGCAGUCGGGCUAUAGCACACGCUACGUCGUUUCAAUUUGCGGAUGUUCAACGUCAGGCUGGAGUGACGUAUAUUGAUUUUGUUAACUUCAGGACUGAAGAGGUGAAUUUGUAUUCACCCUGGGUCAUCAGUCUAAAAAACUCUCUAGCUUUCUAACCCACUAUGUAUUUUCAUCGCUUCUACCGGUAAUGUCCUAUUUCCUUGCCGUACCAGUUGGGGGUUAAGGCUAGAGGUUGGGUUAAGGGUUAGACUAAGGCUUGUCUACUGCAGGUACGGCUAUGGAGUAAGAUUCGGCCCUGCUGUCAACAUGGAAGCAGCUGACUCAGACAAUUAUCCACAAGCUUAUUGAAGACUUAUCAACGGAAAUUUCUGUAGUUAAUACUGUACAUUAAGAGCCGAUGCAGGUACGCUGUCACUUUUAGUCAAUGUCUUGACUAAAUCUUUGACCGAAAGAUAAUUAACGUGCUACGGUAAAUUACUUUUCCUCGCCUCAAUAAAAGAUAACUGAACACCGUUUAGCUUACCUACUUGUAAAGCUACACAAUAGGUGGUAUUUCAGCAAUCAGCACUCUCUCCCUCCUGUGUACUUCUUCAAGUAUUUACACUCGCGAAGUGCCCCUAAAACGCGUCGUGCGGUAAAUACGAUAGACUCGCAGAGGAGCUAGAUCGAUUUUCGCAGGCUUUAGUCGUGCCAGUCACCUGCAGCCUCUUACGCCUCCGGUAUGCUUGACUCUCCCUGACACCGAGCCCAGGCGAGGAGAGUGCGAUAGACGCUGCGCAAGUCUACUACCAUUGUAAACUAAUUAACGGGCAAGUCACCGUGCCUGUUGUGAAGCACACGGUGGACCUUGUCGGUUACGGCGCACAAACUGUCUAUGUUAGAGCGCAGCAAUUGAUCGAGUCGUCGGAAUAGUUCAUGCAGGACUGAAAAGAUGGCCACAAACUGUUUAGCCCACCCAGUUGUGAGUACCCAAAAAUAGGUGAUAAUUCAACCGUCAAUACCUUCAUCCUCCGUUUUGAUUCUUAAAUUGCUUAUCUUCAUGAAUGGUUGCUGACUGCUUCCUUAGUGCAACCGAAAUUAUACGACAUUGGUUACUGCCUACUCCGAUAAGGAAUAACAGGAACGGAUAUGGACGAAGAAUUCAACUAGGAAACGUUGGAAACUUGCCAUUCGUCCUAAUAAAUCGAUCUAGUUGACUAUCCCAAAAAAGUACCGCAAUCACAGAUCACAGCUCCUUCAGUGGUUAUGUGGACUGUGACUGAAACAUACAUGCAGAACGAUAUAGAGCAGCCGUAUUUUGCGAAGACUUCCCCGGCUAGGUGUACUUUCAGCUUUUUUUGUAUUCGCCUGCCAGGGAAGACAGACACCGGCAUAAACACGAAAACAUGAAAAAAAUGCAUAAGUGAAAGAGGUUUCUGAAGUUUCUGUUGACGGUCACAUUUAGUCUUCUCGCAUCAAUGCCUAAGGUUGCAUUCCCAGGCGAUUACUUUUUUCAUGGACUAGGCAUUUAGUUAGACCUGCAGAAAGUAGAAAACCUCUGAACUCAGGUUUCCUUUGGUAAAAUCCUGCUCUGCACGAAAUUAUUUCACUCAUGUGUGAACUGGAACCCGUUAGUACUGAGAAGAGUUGCCAGCUGUGAGAAGAGAGAUUGAAAUGCACAUUUCGGCGUAUUUGCAGUCGCCAAUUUUCCAACCUAAACCGGGGGGUUUAGAAUGCCUUGUGAUCUUCACACUAUGUGUCGAAUAUUGAAAUUGCUUCGCAAGUUCGUAUCCUAUUGCGGUAACCUAGGAUAAUCGAAAGGACACGGAGAUAACUAACCCAGCGUGGCAAGUGAUCCUACGCUGAAUUCUAGGUUGGUAACUAUUCUCGCGUCCUGACUCUUAUCCUAACACUCAGUUUAACCCUAACCUUAGCCCUAAUCCCGAACGUUACCCCAACUCUAAUGCCCUUAGAAUCUAGCGCAGUGCCACCUGUAGUACGGGGGAGUACCUACUCCCGUUUUCUACCAGAUAUGCAAAGUCACGAGAGAGUAUCGUUUGUUGGACCCCCCUCUCAUCAUAGCCCACGCAUAACGACGCUCGUUGUGUAAUUAAGAGGGGCUCCUGCUGAAGAUCAGCGAGGCUGGAAUGGUCAGUUGCACCCAAAUAUUUUCAGCCAGCGGUGACAUUAACUGCGUCAGGGAAAAUAUGAAAAGACACCGCCACCUGAUUCAUGCAGCCAGCUGCUUUAUUGACAAGGUCUUCAAUGUGACAUUUUGGGACAUUCUAAGUUGCUUCUUUUGGGGGGGUUAGUAGGUGCGUUUUUCAAGAAAUCCUCUAAGUGAGCACCUGCAUUAUUUGAUUUUUUAGGAGCUACGUGAAGUUGAUGAGGCGCUGAGCACCUCCAAAGAAUACAAGUCCAGUUUGCUUUCAACGAAACUACUCUUCAAAAUGUUGCACCAGAUCGUGUCUGGAUUCGAGUUCCUCUCCAAACAGCAUAUUCCUGACCUCGUAAGCCUAUAAGUCUGCUUUUCGGUAGCAGUUUUGAAGAUCCUUUAAAAACCUGUCCUAAACGUAUAUUUAAGUGUGUACUAGAAAGUUUAAAGUAGGUAUGUACCAGUAGCUAUUUAGAGAGGAGCUUAAGAAUGUUUCACCUUCAGAUGCUGGAUUCCUCCUCCGUCCUAGUUGGAGCUGAUUAUACCUGUAAACUUGAGAUUGCAUUCUGGAGAAACUGUCUAUGGCAAAAGACGCGAAAUCCAGAAGGCAGGGCCUCCUUCUAUUUCAACAACCUCGGAAGCUUAAGAAGCGAUGUAGUCGGCUGUCUCGAAGUCGAUGACCGCGAUGAAUUGGAAUCUCAACAAAAGCCUGUCAAUGCCCAACGAACAGCAAAGAUCUCCGUAACCCCCUUUCCAACUGGCGCCUUGGUAAGUAGGAUAUCGAUCAAAUAGAGUCUUACGCAUGUACUGUUGAUGCCUAAUAUAUCCUUCUACACCAAGCAUGUACGCCUGAAUGGACAGGAAGUAAGUCUGGAUUUUGAGCUUCAUGUGCAUCAGACGGGACUGUCAAUAAAUAACUAAAAAAACAGAAAAUACUCUUUAAACUUCGUCGAUUCUCAGAUCCAUAUAAAACGAAAUUGAAUGUGUAUAGCCCAUUCAGGCGUUCGCACGGUGACCUGCGUUCAACGACUGAGCAGCGAUUGGCGACAACAACAGCGAUAAUGGAAUAGCGGCUUGAUGCUUCUCCGUCGUCAUCAGCUAGUCAUAUGUCAAACUCUCAAUUGGUAUUGCAUGUGGUCGCACCUUACAUACACAGGCUAGUAUGGUCAUGUAGGCUUAGGACCAGUACCGACCAUUGAGUACAUUUAAAUGGAGUCAAAGGCGUGUAGAGGAUUAGGAUUUAACUUCCUAGUUUAAGGUGAAUUGUUGAUGUUAAGUCUUCCAGCUAUCAGCAGCUGCGUUAGGCACAGCCAACUAGCACAACUAUCUGGCAGAUGUUUUGCCUCCAAUCCUCUUGUUUGAUGAAGGAGCCAUUAAUUCUUCUGGACGAAGGAAAUUAACAGAGCUCCACCGAGAAUUUAGAGCAGAAUGGUUCCUGUAGUAUGGGAAGAAUGCUAGUGUAAGUUUUAUCAGUAGGCCACAUAGACGUGGUAUUUAACGGAACCCGGGCAUGGCAAUGAGAAAACUUUCAUUUCCGUUGAGUUUUUGUUUUAUUACUUCAACGACGCGCAGGAAGGUGCCAAUUAAGAGCACGUAAACGGGCGGGAUGAAGAUGAUCCAAGAUGGGAAGAUUGAAUAGGACGGCAUGCGGAAAGCAACUCUUACCCUAACACUUCCCUCAUCCCUCAUCUUGAACAUAACCUGGUAAGAAUAGGGUAAAGGCCCCUAAGUAUCUACGGCAUACAAAGAAUGCCUACUACGCUUGUUUAAGUAGGUCGUGUUUUAUUCAUCACUCCCCUGAUCAUGGUAUUGCCUUUCGGACGCUGCAUAACCUGCUCAGAGAGUUGUGAAGCGAUCGUAUCGGUUUGAUUGACUGUCGCAGACAGGUGGCUGUAGCUAGUCGCUAAUACUUGGGGAUCUUCAGUCUACCGUUGAGAUAUUUCAGAAAUCAUCGUGUCGACUGGGGCGUUCAUCGUAGACCCUAGUUCAUACUAUUGGGAAGCAAUCGUUCGGCUUCACAACUUUAUCGCAGACGUUGCUAUUCAUCUUAGCAUUAUCUACCUUUGGCUGUGCUGAGAUAUUUCAGAGAUUUAUGUAAGAGAAAUUACUUAUACAGCUGUCAGCUUCUUUCGCGACUGUUUUUCAUUAUGCAGGGUAUGUCUCUCUUACGUGAGAGAAGAAAAUUUCCCAUGCCUCCUAAGUCCCAUGGCAUUCAAGCCGAUCCAUAGGCUAUAUUGUACUUCAUCACUUUGCGUCCAGAUGGCUCGACCUGAGACCGGGUCCCCUUCGCGCAGUUUACUUUUCAGUCGGCUCCAAUAGGCUUCGUUUGAGUUCGUAUGUCGUCUGGUCGUUGGGUCCUUGAAGUGUUUGCAAUGACUGACGGUGAAAUGCUGAUAUCCCUCGGACGGCCGGCGAGUGUACGUUCUCCACUCAUCCGUUAUGACGAUGUUGCCUUUGGCCACCCACUUCGUUGUGGCAGACCGGCCGGCUUCUGUCAUUCACCUGCUUGAAUAAGGCUUACCGCUGCCUGACAUCAUGCAUACCUACCAGCUACCACUGUCCUUUUCGUCUACCGACGUUUUACUUAGGCCGGCGAUAAGUGUCCCGUCCAUUUGUACUUCUACACCCUUCCUGAGUGUCGUGGAGCACACAUUUUGACAGAGUGCGUACCAAUCAACGGCUGUUGUGUGAGGCACGCCAAUGUCUUUUUCACAAUCCUUCACUCUUGUUCCCUUUAAAAAAGGCCAGCCAAAUCUUCGUGAUUGUCCUGAUCGUGAGCCGGCUUUUCUCCAAUAUCGAGUCAGCUCAAAGGACUUCUGUCGUCUGCACCGAACACAUCUGCAUACAUAUCCACCUGCGUGGCGCCUUCAGAUUUGUUAUUUCAUUUGAUGUCUGCAUCUGCAUGUUAAUGUAGUAGGCAGAAAUCCUUUGGUCUGUCGGCAGUUAAUAGAUAUUACGCAGUUAUCCUCUGUGGCUCCGAUCCAAAUAUUCAAACAAAAUUCUCCAUGGUAGGGGGCGCCCAACGAUCUUUCUUACGGAACUCAAUCGUUCCGUUGUGCCUUACGGGCUCUCCCGAACCCAACCAGUAGCCACACAGCGGCGCAUUAUAUAGACGAUCGGUGAGUGCUCCCUACCAUUGUAUAUUCCCGAUCUAAGCGGACAGGACAACGGACUCGUGGCCCAGUGGUUAGAGGCGUGGACUUCUAACUAACAGGUCCUGAGUUUGAGCCUCGGGUGUUCCACAUUUCGGGGUUGGGUAUGACUGGCUGAUGACGGCUAAUAAGCCAGAAAUGGCCAUUUCAGUCUCCUUGUCCUUAUCGGUUAUACUAUACUGCCUAUAAAAUUCUCGGUCUGAGCCUAUAGACCUUGAAUAAACUGAUCUACUCCAGGUUCGUAAUUAAUCACAGAGGAAAUUAAAAAGCGACAGUACUCAAUCACUUCCUCAGAAUUUACCUCCUCCAUUAUUUCUAUGGUUUCUAUACGAAGAUAUGGCUGAAUUUGUCCACUUCCCUUGACUAUCGGAUUCGACGAACCUUCAUUUUGGGAAAAAAUAGCCUACUGAGAACCACCUCAUCCAUCUGGAUCUUGCGUGACCCCGAAUUAAGUACUAGCAUACUUUUCCUUUUGCUGGAUUUGUUGACUAAGAUCAUACAGGAAAACCAUAGGAGUUUACUUAUUACUUACGCUUUUGUUCGCAUUAUGAGAACCCAGUUGGUCAGAUAUCGUUGGCAUAACAUUUAUAGGCAUUAUUAUGCUGUACACUAAAUUUCGGUACGAUUGGCUACUCCAUAUCUUUUCAUUCAUUUCAUUGGUUGAACUUGCCCUGGUUACUUGUCCCGAUGUAAACCCUUAACUGGCGGUCAACUUAAAUAAGUUCAUCCCUUAAAUGCCAUUUACUGUUUACUUUUUUAAUUGUACCGUUCCAUCUACGUUGCUAUAGGUCAGUGUAUUAAAAGUUUUGCAAUGCAAAAUCAAAUAUCGCACAUACCUUCGGCUGGUCGCUGAUACUUGGGGUCCUUCAGCCUACCGUUGUCCAUAACCCUAAACUUGACCCUAAGUGCGGGCACUUUCGUUAGUUGUAACCCUAACAUUUACGCAAAUAAAAUAAGCAGGCAAGUUAAGGCAACAGAAACUGGAGGUUGCACAUCCAGUCACGCCUACUAGCCAAUCAAAUUUAGCAAAUACGAAUCAGUAUCAGAAUUCAACAAAGGUGCGUCUAUCAAUACCAACUACUGAUAGACAGUUCGCGCAAAUUAUUGGCAAUGCGGACAGUGAGUGCAGGCGGGAAUAAAUACAAAUGCCCACCAUUGUGUACAGUGUUCAGUUGACCUACCCUAACGAACACAAGAAUGGAAGGUCAAAUUGUAUGCAAAAAGUCUGCAAUUAAGGCAUGCAAUGCUAACUAGACGGUUUUAUCUGGAAAAACCGAAAUACACAACGGCUGACAUGCCAGUUAUUGGCCAGCUACUCCUCAUGCUGUAUGAAGGUCCGUUCUGCACAAUUUUAUGCUUAUAAAUGCAUCCAUUUACACCUUUGGCUUCCCACUGCGGACAUGGUCUGAGAAAAAAGGCCUUUGCGAGCCGCAUGACAGCUGAACCGAGGAGGAUAGACCCCUUAUAUUUCAACAGAAUGUUUCCAGAAAGAAGUUGAAGAGGUACCCUGACUGAGGGGAAAAUGGGAAGUCCAAAUAAAAAGAAACUAACAGAGAUACCUCGUAGGGUUAUUAAUGUGAAAAGUUACACCUCGGUUUCUAUUGCGACUCCUAUACAUGGCCACAGUUGGCGGGGUGAGAGUUCACGAAUUGCCGGUAUGCCAACUUUCAAGGAGAGAUAUUAAGAAAAUGACUACGAGUCGAGCUUGUUGAUUUCUCAGUGUGUGGGCCUUUUCUUCAUCAAUUCACUUAUCAAAACUCCUGUUGGCUCUAAUGCGUGAUCGGUCAAUAAAGUCAACCAGAACUAAAAAAAAUAACAUUGGUAAUUAAAGAUGACUUAGAGAAAGUCCGCAUUUUAAUGCGGAUAUCUCAGUUUCAUUAAUUCAGGUAAACCACAAGAGUAACAAAGGAUAACGGAACAACUGCAGGCCUCAAAAUUCGACAGACGAGUGAAUUACGAGAGCAAAGACCAAUUAGAAUAUGCAACUGCCUGAAUCUUUCUAGAAACUGUGUCCACGUAAAGGGCGGGGAUGAUUUUGAGGAGCUGGUGCCAAAAGGGCAUUUGUAGGGAGUUGGUCCAUUCAAUAACAUCUUGAAACAUUGGGAACUUGGAUAUGGUCAUUACUGACGAACCGCGUGGAAAUAAUUUCCAACUAACUGCUGAGUGACUAUCUUCCAACGACCUAGGCAUAAAUAAUCCAAGCUCUCUUUGAGUGUUUGGAUAUCGCCGUCAUCUUGUCCUGCGACAAACUAUAGAGAUGUCAGCUUAUUUGUGAAAAGUUGCAACUUGGCGACCCAUGAUCAGCCAUAAAAUCCGACGAGAGUUGGGGGUGGGGUGGCAGCCUGAAAUAGCUCAUAGAUGGCAGGGAUGGUCGAAAAUUUGUACUUUCCAAAAUGGUUGAAUUCAGUUCAAAUGGAGGUAUAUAACAAGCUGAUAUAAAGCUCUUGUCUCAACAAUCGUGUUUCCUUCUUCACAAGCUAAGAAACAGUCCAGUUAUGUGAGACGCAUUCGAUGGAUUUUCCGAGAAGCAGAAGAAGGCGGUUUUUCAUGCGGAUUGUUAUAACGACCAGGAAAGGAGCCAAAACAUUUACUUCCGUGGGCAAGUUAACCGAUGCCGGCAACGCUUAGACCAUACGGAGAUACCAGUCCCACUUACCUUUUCGUUCAUUCAUUCGGCGAGUUGUAGUACAAAACGGAACGCCUGACUAGGGGCACGAAAAUGCGCAUUCGUCUUGUGCCAAUGGUUCACAAAUAAGGUCUAACCGACAGAUCUGACGCAUGGCUAACACCACCUCCUGUAGGGGAGCGAGACAGGUCGCCGCUCGUCAGUCCUUAGUGGAUCCGGCGAAAGUAGAAAGUUGAUCAACGGGAUGGCAUUCCUUCCUGGGGUUACAAAGUCUUAACUUGAACUUAUAAUUACGAUCCUUGGCACCAUGGGAUCCAGUGGAUUUUGGAAUCCCCGUCUUCACUGAUGUACCAAAAUUUCUGAGUUUACGGUCGGCAUCUCAGGUGGCGUGAUGUCCAAUCCACUCAACUGGCCUUUCAGUAGCUUGUUAUGAGUAUGCAACAUCCUACUCACUCCCUUUCCACAGUAAUGCUUACACUCUGGCGUCUUUCCUUUUUUUACAGAUUUCACAGACAAGUUUUUCCCACCUAAAAUGCCUCGAGAACUCCCCCGCCUCCAAGUGCGACAGCAACACGUAUAGCACGCUGAGCCUCUUUAGACGACUUGCCAGGUCGGUUAUUCGCAGAACGCCACCAGAAGCGUUCACUGAGUACCUCAAUGAACCGAGUCAUGUCUGGUGCUACGGCUGCAUCCAGUUGGAGGUCCUACUGGCUGGCGCUCUUUAUCAGCAGCGUGUUCUCCGGGCGUCAGGCGCCACGACUGACUUCGGCUGUCCAGGACAGAUACUCGGUCUUACUUCCGCCACCUGUUCCUCCUUCUCUUCUUCCAUCCCCUACUCUGCGCCACAUCCCCAGCAAUGCUAUGAACUUUUUCGGCCCACUCAGGACCUCCUGGCGAGAAUGAGACAUCCGCGACAACAAGCGCUUAUUGCUGACGACCUGUUGGCUACACAGCAGCAAAUUGCUUGCAGCUUGUCCACCAUGGAAUACGAUGGGCAGCCACGGAAUUUGGCGGAGUUGCGAGAAAUCCUAGUGGUCUUCGUGUGCGACUGGUUCGCCAAUGAUUUCCUCUCCUAUCUCCUGCGUGGGUGCCUUCGCGAGGACCCGAAGGACAGACCGGCAUUUUCGGAGAUUCUGCGUCAUUUGGCCAAGUACGCCGCAGAGAAUGCGGUGAUCUAUAGGCGGUCAAAUUGUAGGAUGAAGAGUGGCCACAGCACUGUUUUGGAGCAGAAAUAUAUACCUCAGGAGACAGCUAUUGUAGCUAGGUAUGUUAAUCUGUUAUGAAAAAAAGUUGAUUGUUUCAUAAAAACACGCAAGUGACAAGGAUGCUAUACACUGGUAUAUACUGUUAGAGGGACGCUCACCGAUUGCGUUAAGGGAUUCAGUAACCCUGUCGUGUCUUGGAGUUCUCCCACGAGCCCCACCAGCAGCCGCGUAACGGCAGACUCACUCUAGUGACAAGGAAAAUGGAGACCGGAAUGGCCAGUUCUGGCUUAUUAGCUGUCGUCAGCCAAGCAUACCCAACCCACAGGUGUGCAACCCCUUAGGCUUGAACACCACCAGAUCAGUGAGCGCUCCCUUACCGCGACCCACAGGACAACGAGCCGGCGGUUCAGCAUUGGGACGUUGGACUUUUGACCAGGAAGUCGCGGGAUUGAGUCCCAGGUACUGGGUAUGGCUGGCUGACAAUGGCCAAUAAACUAGAAAUGGCCAUUUCAGUCUCCCUUCUCUUUGUCGGUGAUGUCAUUCUGCAUAUAUACAUACAUAUAGUAAUAAGGAAGGCCGAUAGAAGAUGCGGGUAGAUUGAUACAGAUGACCCAUCUGCCAGAUCCUGUCUGUGAACCAUCUGCGCCAGGUGUGCGAGCGCACGUUUGUGUUUCUGGUUCCAGCUGCUGGUCUGGGUUAUGAUUGGCUGAAUGAAGACAGAAUAAGCCCGAAAUAGUAAUGUAUUAAUCUAUCCCUGAGACUCUGUCGUCUCCCUUCUGAUAUAUACGCAUAUAUGUAGGAUGGGCGUUCACCGAUCUGGUUACGAAACGUCCUGUUACUCCUUAAGGCUCCGUCGGGAGUCCUUAUAGAUAGUCACAAAACAACCAGGAAUACGUACUGACAGAAAUAGGGAAGACUGAGAUGAUCAUUUCUAGCUUAUUGCCCGUCAGCUAUCAGCCAGACGCAAACUGUGCGUUAUGUUGUUGUGUUGCUGCAUGAUACAGCCGCGAAGUACCAGAUUUUGAGGGUAGGUCAUUAAAAUUACCUAAUAGGGAAAUUGGCCUUUAACGACUUCUUAAGCUCCAUCAGAGUCAACCCUCAUUUAUUGUCGUACUAUUUUAAAUUUGCCCCUAAAAUUAUGUGCCAGACUUUUUAACCCCACGCGAGAAACUUCGAAAGAAGCCAGAUUCAUAAUAUCCUGCAAUAAAAAAAUGUCCAGCAUGAACAUGUAGUGACAUUUAAAUCUGUUUUGUUUUAAUCAGUUACAAUACGCUUUGACACAACUUUGAAUAAGACAAAGAACACUCACGUGCACGUUUACCUGCUGAUGACUUUGUUCUUAUUUACUGGUUUGUAACUGUUGGGAUACUGCUAUUUUCGUUUCCUGGAUAGCCUACUCGCUGUGCCUAACUAGUGGGUUUGUCUCUUAUAAACAAGUCAAGUGGGUAUUGACAGUUUCACGGCCCAAAUUCUGAACAUAGAAAAGUAUGCUUGUACCUGUGUGUGAAUGGCAAGCGUCGAAAUGCAAAGAAUUGACAAUUUCUUCCUAGUUAGCUGAAAAACAAUUCCGAUGAUGAGGAUUACUCGGAACAUCGGUAAGGCGCGGGAACAUGGACCUCCGCCCGCUGCACUGCAGGUAGUCUUGCGCCGAGUUUCAUUGAAGACUAGGGUUUGUGUCAGGACUAGUGUUGAAGUCAGGACGACGGAGUAGGUACCACCUACAGUUUAUAGUAAAGCCACCUAUGAUACGGAGAUCCAUAAUCUCGCGUCCGACCUCGGCAUCUUCAAUUGCACUGCAUAUGUUACCGGUCUUUAAUUGGAGUUACCAGAUAUAGUCCGUUAACGUUACGUCUUUAUUUUUAAAUUCCAGGCUCCAUAGAAUCAGGUGGGCGCAAAACCGCAUUGAACACUGAACAAGAGUUCCUUUUACACCUUAAAAUAAAAAGAUUAUCUGAAUUAGCGUUUAAAAAUUGUUUGGUCAAGGAAAAAUGCUAUACUUCUUCACAAAAUGUCAUCAUACCGGCGGCGGAAAAGAGAACUCUGUUCCUCAAGGUCCAUUUCUAAGGGGACGCAGCGAGUGAACUCCUGAGAAGGCGUCUUGACCAAGCCGGGCAGCAGGAAUUUAAGUACUGUUUUCUAUCGACCUCGUCUUACACGGGGAAGGUAAGGAUUGGGCUACCAACACAGACCGCCUCCAUGUGCAUUUACUCCUUUACUGGCUCCUGUGGAGCAGGCUAUGCUGGUCGUACGAGUCGGCGCCUAUCUACGAGAAUGCGAGUACACCUGCCGGCAUGGCUGAGGAAAGUUGAAGUUGAGAGCAUACGCAGUUCCGUACUCGCGCACAUGGUUGAUUCUGGACAUCGUGUAAAUCCCAACGAAGCCUUCUGUGUGAUUUAUGAGAUUCCACCUAACUAACCUAGGCGAAUGGGUCAUCACGUAUAAGCAACGGCAGAAGCAACUGCCAGAGAGGCCGGUCCUGUGCUCGCAGAAGAACCUCUUGCAAGAAUGGCGUCUGUCGUGGGCAGACAUGUCCCCGCGCCCCCCCCCCCCCGGCCCUAGUGAAAAGUCUUUACUUAACCCUCACUGUCAUCGUUUCCUCUCCACCCCCUCCACCCCUCUAUUUGCAUACCCAGUUUGUAUGAAAAGACGAAUCGCAAUCGAUUGCCCUUUUCGCUCACACGUUGCAGUUCGUACCUCGUUCUCAUAACUGAAGAGACCCGACGAGAAUUUAUCGAAAGCACGCGUAUGCUCACCAAAUGCUCUUCUAAAAGUGUCAAAUGAUAACUUUUCGCAGAAAACUUUUUGCCUAUCUGUGAUAAUCAAAUGAGCUAAAAUGUUUCUGCUUAUGAAGUGCAAUAGAGAUUUCUCCUCGAGCGUGAUUUGCACUGAUGGCUGGAACGAAUCCAGCCUAAAAAAUCAAUAUUUUACCGUGUACAAAAUAGCCUGGACCUUUGUUUAAUAAGAAAACUUUUGUGACCUAACUUACGCAAUUAUUCUUCGCGAAGGCUGAUUCAAUCCUUUUGCCCAAUGUUGUGCAAGUGUAACGAAAUGCGUUCACCUGGAGGAUAAGGUGAGCCAUACAAUGUUUGAAUUACUUUUUUGCUUGAUUAUAAUUUUACAUUGUAACCGGCUUUCUAAUGAUUUGUUUUACACAGGCCCUCCAUAGCGAUGGACACCCAACCGGUGUUCAAGACUGCGGACGAAAAAAAACCAGAUUGGAAAAGCCUGCUGGUGCCGGAGCUUCACAUCCUGGGAGAACAGUCUUCCUAG